AUGCGAAGGAAGGACAAGUCGGGAAAGCCAAUCCGCCGCGACGAGGGCAGCGGGCCGUUCAAUGGCGAGUCGCCGAGGGCGGGGCCAGAGGCCGGCGGCGAAGGAGUACCCGGGAGCCGGCGGCCUCGGAGCUGGGAGCGCGGGGAAGGCUUUUGGGGUUCUGACAGCCGCGCGCGCGGGAGUUCCUUUCAAGGUGCUCCAACCGCUCAUCCUCUUGGUGGUGUCCCUUCUGGACAGGCCAGGAACGGAAGGCCCAAGAGGGGAAGGGCACUGCAGGCACUGUGGCUGAAUAUCAGGGUGAGAUCCUGCCCCCUCUCAGCCGCCUGUGGACAUGUGCAAGGGGCCCACUCCUGAGUCCAGACGAUGCUCAUGUCAAUGGCUUCAGUGAUGGCGGUGACUGAACCGAAAUGGAUCUCGUUCUGGGGCCGCUUCCUGUGGGUGACGCUGCUGAGCAUGGUGCUGGGGUCCCUGCUGGCCCUGCUGUUGCCACUGGGGGCUGUGGAGGAGCAGUGCUUGGCUGUGCUCAAAGGCUUCUACCUGCUCAGGAGCAAACUGGACAGGGCGCAGCAUGCCACCACCAGGUGCACCAGCCCAUCCACAGAGCUCAGCGUCACCUCUAGGGAUGCAACACUGCUGGUGGUGAAGACCAAGGCCUCUCCAGCAGGUAAGUUGGAAGCCAGAGCCGCCCUGAACCAGGCCCUGGAGAUGAAGCGCCAGGGCAAGCGGGAAAAAGCCCAAAAGCUCUUCAUGCAUGCCCUCAAGAUGGACCCGGACUUCGUGGACGCACUCACCGAGUUUGGCAUCUUCUCGGAGGAAGACAAGGACAUCAUCCAGGCGGACUACUUAUACACCAGAGCACUGACCAUCUCGCCCUACCAUGAGAAAGCGCUGGUCAACCGUGAUCGGACACUGCCACUCGUGGAGGAGAUUGACCAGAGGUAUUUCAGCAUCAUCGACAGCAAGGUGAAGAAGGUCAUGUCCAUCCCGAAGGGGAACUCGGCUCUGCGCAGGGUCAUGGAGGAGACCUACUACCAUCACAUCUACCACACGGUGGCCAUCGAGGGCAACACCCUCACCCUCUCAGAAAUCAGGCACAUCCUGGAGACACGCUACGCUGUGCCCGGGAAGAGCCUGGAGGAACAGAACGAGGUCAUCGGUGUGCACGUGGCCAUGAAGUACAUCAACACGACACUGGUUUCGCGCAUCGGCUCCGUCACCAUCAGCGACGUGCUGGAGAUCCACAGGCGGGUGCUGGGCUACGUGGACCCCGUGGAAGCUGGCAGGUUUCGGACGACACAGGUCCUAGUUGGACACCACAUCCCUCCCCAUCCGCAGGAUGUGGAAAAGCAGAUGCAGGAGUUUGUACAGUGGCUCAACUCGGAAGAUGCCAUGAACCUGCACCCUGUGGAGUUUGCAGCCUUAGCCCAUUAUAAACUCGUUUACAUCCACCCUUUCAUUGAUGGCAACGGGAGGACCUCCCGCCUGCUCAUGAACCUCAUCCUCAUGCAGGCGGGCUACCCGCCCAUCACCAUCCGCAAGGAGCAGCGGUCCGAGUACUACCACGUGUUGGAAGCUGCUAACGAGGGCGACGUGAGGCCUUUCAUUCGCUUCAUCGCCAAGUGUACUGAGACCACCCUGGACACCCUGCUUUUCGCCACGACUGAGUACUCGGUGGCACUGCCAGAAGCUCGGCCCAACCACUCUGGGUUCAAGGAGACGCUUCCUGUGAAGCCCUAACCCUAGAAACCCUCCCUCAGUGACAAAGGAUGUCCCUAGGUAGGGGGAAAACACCAAAAAACAGCAUUUCUAGAAACCUAGUCACUUCCCAAAGCAAAAGGAGAAACAUUCUUUACCUCCAAAUGUUGUUUUAAUUAAAAAAGAAAAAAAAUUAAGUUAUUAAGCCUUGUCUCUAAAAUAACUUAUAAUUCAACCAGGCUUAUUUAUUUUCUUUGGAGCAAGCCAGUCAGUGUUGUGUGGUGUCUGCUGUCUUGCUGGUGACUGUGCCUUAGGGGCAACAGUGCUGCCAUGUGACCAGAACACAGGUUCUGGAGCAGAAUUUGCACCACGGUGGAGGGGCAGCCAGGAGGUGUGGGACAGGGCCCAGAGGCAGAUAUCACUCCACGUGCUGCUCUGAAACAGGCUGAGAGAUUCCAUGAAUGCAACUGGAAAGUCGGACCCCGGUCGCAGCUGAAAGAAGUGGUUGAAAGCUGGCUUUCUCGAGGUUUAGGUCAGUGGUGACUAACUUCCAAGCAAACUGCAUAGAGAAAAUGAAUGACGCUCCUAGUUCAGUCCCUACUUACCUCCAGGAAGACUUUUUGAGCCAUAGUUUGCAAACUUUAGUGCCAGCGGCUAUUUUUCCAUAUUGAGACUGUUUUUCUAAUUACGAAUCGGGGUAGCCAUAAAGAGCUGUUUGUGGGCAGGGGAAACACAGGGGGUUGGCCCAUUUGGUUUUCUUUGGGUAUCAGUGCUUUUCUCGCACUUCAUUUGUAGCAACUCAGGCCAGAUGUUUUCGUUUAAAAGUUCUCUGGGCUCGUCCUUCCAACUGUGUCGUGCUGUAAACCAGGUGUUAUGCAAGUAGGCACCUGCCCUCGCUCCCCUGCCUGAGUUUUCUGUAGGUAGAUGUUGAAGAACCUAUCUGAGAAAACGUGCCACGUGGACACCUACUAAGCAUUUUUGAUAAUGAAUUAGAGCACCAGUUUCUACUGAACAGAGCAAAAACAUUCAGCCACAGCGGGGUUAUGUCCCUUUGGUCCUGAAGUUUCACCUACUUACUGCCUGGACCCCCACCUUCCAUGGCCGUUGCUGUCCUGUGUACCCCUGGGGAGGCAGAAGAGAUUGCCUCAGAGUAGCCUUAUUUUUCUCGUGACUUGUGAAAUGAUGCAGUGCUCUAUGUAAUAUGGCCAAGUUUCCAAGCUGUCAUCCUAUGGAAUUAGAAUCUUCUCUUUCAAUCGUAUGGCACAGGUGCCAAUAUGACUGCUGCUAUUUAGAGUGGUGGAAGUCACUGGGUCCCCUUCCCAGUGAUGGAGCCCGUGACGUCUAACACUGUACUGCACUUUGCCAAUGUGUGAGUGAUAGCGAAUAUGCAGUGUUAUCUUUGAUUUGGGAAUUCAGUUCCUGACAGUAAUGAGGCCAAUGCUCUGACAGAGUUUAUAGUUAUUCAGUUGUAUAAAUACUACAUUCAGAGUGUUUUUGAAAGGUCAAGAAAAAUAAGUGAAAAGAUACGUGAAAUGGCUCCAAAUGAUAAUUAUUCAAAAAAAUGUUUUCAUACUCUCAUGCUGCCAGAUGUACUUCUUACACUCUUCUCGUCUUGGUUUUAUAAGCACACCAAGGUCUGACAGAUGAGCUUGCUUUCUACUUAAGAGCAAGAGAAUUUGCACUUUAGCUAUAUGUGAAGGAUAUUAUUUUAACAAAUUCCCGAUUCUAAUAAAGUUAUUUUAUUACAUGAA